UUUGUAUAAUAGACUAAUUCGCUUUUGAAAAGGUAUCAUGAAAUUCAAAGCGUAUUAUUCGUAGAUUUUUUUGUUAUUGAACUUUAUUGAUUAUUCAACAAUGCAAGCCAACUUAGUUUCAUCGUUCAAUUCGAAGCCAUCGCGUCAUGAUGGCAUGCGAAGCAUUGGUGGCCAUCUGUCCGUUCCUUGUCCUCCUGGAGCUUCCCCUUUUACUCAGUCCAGGAUUGUGCAAAAGUCUUUACCUGAUCCAGUACAAUUAAUGCGUGAGUCUUUACGCACCAAACAGUGCCGAAGUCCAAUUGAAAAGACUGGAAAACUGACGCACACUUCAUUGUUCUGCUCUCAAAAAACUGAAAACGAAGCUCUGCCUAUUUCUGAAUCCAAUUUGGCCUCUGAGUUACAAAAAGCAAAUCAUCGAUAUUCUAAUCGUUGUGAUAGUUCUACCACAUUACAUAAUUUAACAAAAAACAAUAUCUGCGCUUUUGCUUCAAAACCCAUAGAAGAAGACGAUGAGACUGAGCUCGCUAUCCUGUCGAAGAAGAAAAUGCUCAUUGAUCUACAAUCAGCCAGUUCUUUGUUGUAUAAAUCUUCAGCAAAAUCAAAAACAUCAGUUCCUAAUGAACUCCAUUCUCAACGUUUGCCCGUCGACGAUAUCUACGCUAGUCCUCAAAUUCGCCGGAAAGUAGACACUGGUAUUCUAGAUGAAACAUUGGCGUCCAUUGAAAAAUGCGAAGAAAAAAUGUCCAUGGAAAAUCUAGUCAAAACGUCGGCAUUCUGCCAGAAUCGUUCCUCCGAUGCGCCUUUGAUGAAUUCUCGUAGUGCUGUAAAUUUACUGUCUUUUUCGUGUGCUUCCAGUAACUCGGAAGAGAGUUCAAGAAAAAGGAAUAAACCGUUGACCAAAUCUACUUCGCUUCGGUUGCCGAACCUUGGAGGAUCGUGGUUUUCCCAUGGAAGAAAAUGCAGCUUAGAUUCAGUUGGAUCCAGCGAAUCUUUCGAUUCUAGUUCAUCGAGUUUGUUUCUUGAACAGCAAGCGUCCAAUAUCGGCUCUCCCUCAGUACAAAUUGCAAUGCCAUUCAUGGAAUUUGUUUGGUUUACUGAUGCGGAUGGCCUGAAGAAAGUCUCGUUCCUGGUGGGUUCUGAUGGAGAGCCGACGGUGGAGGUGUUGGGGGAGCCUCAUGUGGACAACCUUCUUCAGGAACGAGCGCGAUGCCAGACGGAGGCCGAGGAGCCGCUUAUCAAGAGCGUGGCGGAAGAGGAGCUCGACAGACUCGUACGUCUCAGUCGGUCUACAGUUCAACAGAUGGAAGAGGACAGCUUUCUUCGAACAAAACGCGAAAAGGACAACCCUGUUCGAGCUGCCGUUGUUCGAUCUUUGCAAGAAGCCACAAUGGAAAUGGAGCUCCAGAUACGGGAAUUAGAAGAAAAAGAACCAGCACCUAUAGAAACAGUUAAUGAGGCGGUCAAUGACAAACACGUUAACGAUACUGGGUUGGUCACCCCUCUAGGUUACGUUCACGCACCGUCGAGUGGCAACAUUCUGGCGAAUUCAAAUGGUGAGGGUAGUAAUAAGACAGACGGUCGUGGCCCGCUGUCCACAUCUCUAGAUAAAAGUAAAAUGUCUCAGCAACAUUCCAUAUCGUUCAACAACGUAGCAAAUUCGGUUGCUCCACCAACUCCUCCGCCUUCACCUCCCGCAGAAGAGUCGAAGGAUGUGAACUCGGUCACCCAAACGCCAAGCAAGCCUUCCUUGCUUUCUGCUCAAACCUCACUAAACAAACAGAAAUCGUUUGAUGCGUCAACUACGGCGAACGUUGUCCAGGCAACAAACUCACUAAAUAUUAGUAAUAGUUCUCAUAAACUUCCAAGGACGACGGGACCCAACUUUUCCAUCCAACCGUAUGGUUCGUUGAGCGCAAGCGUUUCAGCGAAUCAAGUAAAGAAAAUUCAAACCAAGGUCUGGGAACCCAGUCCUGCAAAGCCGGUGAUUACGAGCUUCCCGACGCCCAGCAUCUCAGCUAAGCCGUCAAUGACCGAUGCUAAGCCUACCAACAUAACUUCUUCGUCGGUAACAACUCCGUCGAAAGGGAAGUUAACUGUUGGUCCUGGCAGUCAACAACCUGCCAGCGUCAGUAAACCUGCCACGACUACUACCACUAACUCUUCCUCUUCUCGGUCAUUCCCAUCAUCAAUGUUCAGCAAAUCAUCGAAAAACAACACAUCACCAACGUACGUUUCUGAAGAGCAGCCGAGUCCUCCACCACUUGAAGAAGUCUUCAAGGAACAAAGCUUUGUCGAUAAGCUGACAAGAAAUUCCUCUAGAGCCUCGCUCACUGGCGUAUCAGACCAAAUCCGUCGCUUCGAAAGUCUCUCCGCGGGAUCCUUAGAGGCGCUAAGGACUGCAACGCUGGAGCGCGCUAGGAAGAAACGCCAGGCUGAGAUUCUUGACAACCUUCGCCACCAAGUUGAGCUCGCAAAAAAACAGGCCGAGAAAAACGACGAAGUGUGGCUGGAAAGUGAACGUCGAGCCAAAGAAGCAGAAAUCAGAAUACGCGAAAUUGCUCGUCGCGCUCGCGAAGAGCAUAGGCGUCAGUCUUUCAGAAGUCAAAACGGCCGUCCCAGCGUGGAGAAGAGAGAUAUUAUUGAACUCGCAAAAAAACAGGCCGAGAAAAACGACGAAGUGUGGCUGGAAAGUGAACGUCGAGCCAAAGAAGCAGAAAUCAGAAUCCGAGAAAUUGCUCGUCGCGCUCGCGAAGAGCACCGGCGUCAGUCUUUCAGAAAUCAAAACGGCCGUCCCAGCGUGGAGAAGAGAGAUAUUAUUGACGCCGCUCCGCUGAAUGACAGUGCUCUCCCCAUCGACGUCCAGAACUCCCAUGUGCAGCAUCAUAACAGCAUAAACAGCAACGUUAAAUUGGCUGACAUCAACGGAAAUCCAACUACAACUGCCGAACCAGCCUCAGCCGACCUUGCUCAGUUAAUAAGCAGCAAGAACCGACCAGCCAAUGAUUCCAGCAUCGGAGGGUCAAGUGAAAUAAUGCGUCCUCUGAAGCCACCCUCACGAGAUGCAAUCAUCGCUUGGUUCAGGGAAGAAGAACUGGCCAACGGUGCAGGCUUGGAUGACGACAGGCUGGCUGUUGCUCCCUGGUUCCACGGCAUCAUCAGUCGAACUGAAGCCGAGCAAAUCUUGGCGGGUGCAGAUUUGGGCUCGUAUUUGGUGCGUGUCAGCGAACGAAUUUGGGGCUACGCGAUCAGCUACAAGGCCGCGGACCGCUGCCGCCACUACCUCAUAGACGUGACCGCUGGCAAAUACACCUUCCUUGGCUCCCAGCAGUCGCCGCACGACACAUUAGGGGAUUUGGUGCGGCACCAUCAGAAGGAACCCAUCACUGCGGCGGGCGGGGAAGUCCUGAUCCUGCCUUGCGGCCAGUCCGACCCACAACACCCAGAUCACCAGUGCCUCUUCGUCGGGACGCGAUAUGCCAUCACCUAAGUUGCUUAGGAUCAAAAAAUUAUUAUUAUUAUUUAAGUUACAACAUUUGACCUGCAUCACAGCACGUUCUCAUCAAGUUGGUCUCCAUUAUUUACAAAUUGGCUUGCAUUAUUAGAGUACGUAUCUGUAACUCACGAAGCUACAUCAAUGUUACACAAUUUGACAUGCAUCAGCAAUCCAGUCGCACAAUUAACAAAUGACGACAUUGAUUUUAUAUAAAUAUAGACGUAUAUAUAUAUAUUGUUAAUUUAAAAACUUGGACAUUUCUUUCACCACCCCACUAUUCCAGAAAAUGUACCUAUAAAUUAAUUCAAGGCGAAAUUUACCUCGAAAGUUUGGUGUCACUUGGUCGUGAUAAUCUAAAUUAUCAAAAAAGCAAGAAAUACCUAGAUGUUCACAUUGUUCACCUUCACUUGGUCAUUACCAACAUGUAUAUACUGUUCCCCUAACUUCAUUAUUUUUAGUUAAAUGCAAUACAUACGAGGAUUAAGCGGUGUCGUUCAUUCUAGAGUAACUUUGUGAGCUCAAUUUAGGACUUGUUGUUAGAGACAAAAGAUGUUAAAUGUUGUCUAUCUUUGACUGUUGCAUUGGCAACUUGGGUCACAUCAUGUCUCAUGAGAAAAAUCAUUAAUAGGAACACAUGUCGUUCGAUUUUGGACUGUAAAGACCGACAAUGAAAUGAAUACCAGCAUCAACUCGCAAAAUAACUUCAGGGAGGUUUCGAAACACGAACGUGUGCAAGUAAUCUCACCAAGAGUCUGUCGACCAAUGACGCGAGUUUGAAGCAAUACGUACUUACACAUCCCACUCGGCGGGUAUAUAGUUCGGAGAAACCCGCGAGAAAUUUUCAUAAAGCUUUGCGCUGCAUGUCUUUUCGUAGGUCUUAAUGAACCCGUUCAGCCAGACAGAAGUGCCUGCUUCGUCCAGGACUUGCCUCGCUGUGGGUGAAAUAGACGUAUCGUUUAGUGAAAAAUGAAAUAGUCUUUCCUCUGAGUCCGUAACAUAAUAAUCGCGGAAACAUUAUUUACUGCUGAAAAACAACGAGUUUUCUUUGUAGAAAAUCUUUCUUCACGUUAUUGCUGAUGUCUAGUAAAUAUCCUGUCAAGCCUAUACAUAAAUCUAGUCGUUACUUUUUAACUAAUUAAGACUUAUUUCUACCGUGUCUACGUUCGAGUCUGCUCAUGUGCGAGAAUAAACUGUAAAAUGAGCUAUUAAAAUUAACGACUUUACUGUAUAUGCAUUGCAUCGAUUCGUAAUCAUAUUACAGCGCUUCAAUAUGAUUUACAAUAAAUGAAUCCAGUGACUAGUUUAGAUUACGAGAAGAGGAGUAUGGCACUAUUAUAACACGCACGGGCUUAUAUUUGAAUUACGUUAGUGUAUCUUCGCAUUCAACAUUUAGCUGUUUAAAUUAUUGACUUGUCUUCAUUCGUUUUUCAGUAUAGUACUAGUGCGCCUACUUUCACGCUCUUCUAAAAACUAUUUUAGUCAUUUGCAUUGUUCGCCAUUUUUGUAUAUUCUGUGUUUGAUUAAAUCAUUUGAAUAAACUGCUCAUUCAUCAA